AUGUUUCGCUAUAAGACUGCCUGGUUUUCUAGCAGUGUGCCACAGACCUGUCACAUGUUUUGGACUUCAGAGGGGGGCUCCAUUGCUCAUUGGAGGACAGCGGAUUACCUUUUCAGUGAAGAUGCUACAUGCCCUGAUACUCUUAGGAUCUUUGAGAGCAAGGAUUACCUCUGGAACAAGCUGACAGUAUUUCACAGCUUGUUUCUGUCCGCCUGUGAAAAGAGGCAGAGUGUGAAGUCUGUGAGCAUUGGUCAAUAUGUGCUGCCUCCAGCUUCCGUACAAGAUGAGGUGAGAAAAGUGUUUGGGCAGCUGAUUUGGGAGCGUAAUAAUGAGCAGUCAGCGAAUGAGCACUCCCUGAAAAGCUUUAAUUGCCCAACAGAUGAUGAGUUCAGUGAAGAAGAAAUCAGCAUAAGUUCUGGACUAUCUGACGCCGACUCAUCAGAAAAUGAAGCACCACUUUGUGGUCAUAUGCAAAAAUAUCCAGUUAAAAGCACGAUUACAGGGUACGUCAGCAUGGACAAGCUGCAGAAAUACUCGGGUGACCUGUGCGAUUUCUAUUGCGGGUGUUUCCGAUGCUUCAGAUGUAAAACACUCUGCUGUUUGCCACACUCAUAA